UUUGCUCCAUCCCACCUCGGAAAUACCAACCAGGUGCUGCAGCUCCUUCCUCCCCUCUGCGGACUGUUUUCUCUCUCACUCCAUCGCUUCCACUCCGGUGAACAGCAGCGAUGUCCGGCCACUGACUGAACCCCUCGCCGUUGUCUCAGCCUGUGUACCCGGCUUGCAUGGCUCACGGUCGGUCAGCCGGACAAUAGACAGCCCGCCUGCCCACUGCAGCAGCAGCAGCUUCUCCUUCUCCUCCACCCGGGGGAGCUUUCCAAGUGAUCCUGCCCGGGGUCCCUGCAGGACUCUCCGAGCCUCCAAAUGGCUGGACACGAGUGGGAAGACUGGUUCGAGCGGGAGGAAUUUAUCGGGCAGAUCAGCGACAUGCGGGUGCAGAACCUCCAAGUUGAAAGAGAAGUGGUUCAGAAGAGGACCUUCACCCGAUGGAUGAACCUGCAUUUAGAGAAGUGUGACCCACCCAUUGAGGUUCAUGACCUGUUCCGGGACAUUCAGGAUGGACACAUUCUCAUGGCCCUGCUGGAGGAGCUCUCUGGCUGCAAACUGCUUCAUGGAUUCAAGAAGUCGUCCCAUCGUAUUUUCAGACUCAACAACAUUGCCAAGGUCCUGUCUUUCCUGGAGGAGAGGAACGUCAAGCUGGUCAGUAUCGAUGCAGCUGAUGUUGCUGAUGGAAACUCCUCCAUCAUCCUGGGACUCAUCUGGAACAUCAUCCUCUUCUUUCAGAUUAAGGAGCUGACAGGGAACAUCAGGAGCCAGUUCCCGUCCUCCUCCAGCCUGUCGUCCAUCCCGACCAGCUCUGACUCUGACACGUCCUUCUCCAGCACGCCAUCAGAUGAGAGACAGUCUGCGACCACAGCCAUGCGAGAACACAGCAAGGCCAUCAAGAAACUGCUGCAGUGGGUGCAGAGGCGAACACGCAAGUUCGGUGUUGCAGUGCAGGACUUUAGGAAGAGCUGGACAAGUGGCCUGGCCUUCCUGGCUGUCAUUAAAUCCAUUGACCCCAGCCUGGUGGACAUGAGGAAGGCACUGCUGAGGACCGCCAGAGAGAACCUGGAGGACGCCUUCAGGAUAGCCCACUACAGCCUGGGUAUCCCACGCCUACUGGAGCCUGAGGAUGUGACUAUCAGCCCACCAGAUGAACAGUCAAUCAUGACGUAUGUGGCACAGUUCCUGGAGCACUUCCCAGGCAUAGAAGAGCCGGAGGAGCCCUACCAGGUGAUUGAAAGAAGCGUCUCCAUGUGCCGACUCAACUUCCGUGAGAGUGACUCUGACCACCUAAGGAAUGGUACUCAUGGAAGCAGAGUGAGGGAGAGGUCCUAUAUGUUCCAAAGGGACAGUGCCCAACCCCCACCCAAAAUCUUAAUUUCCUCUGUGUCAGAGGACAGGAGCAUAAUGUCACCCCCCUUCAGGCCAGCUGCAGCUCGCUCUUGGUCAAGUGAAGAUUUCUUAGCAGAUUCCCCCUGCAUGGAGAACAUCUCCAGCAAAGUGGUCGAAGAACCCAAGGAAUCUGCCAGUGAGGUCCUAAAUAGCUCGACCUCUAACUCUCCACAGCUGUCUUACACUCACUCUCCCACCGGCUCAUCAGGGCUCGAGUCUGUAAACACAGAGUCAGUAAUUGGCGACUCUGCAAUCAGUUCACCGGACUCCUGGGUGGAGAGUGAGUUUGGGGUCAUGCCAGAGAAAUUUUGUGAGAGUCGUAGUGACAGUUCUUUGUGUGACAGUGGAACAGCCUGGGAUGUGUACCGUGCCACCCCUGUAGAGAUCACUACUCUUGAUGAAGGAUGUGUCCCAUCCAUAGAGGAAAGACCCCCCGAUGAGCAGUCAAUUGCAGAGUCGUAUAUUGAUGAAGGGAUUUACUCACUGAGCUCACUGGAGAGCACUCAGGAGAGAAUUCAAGGGAAUUCUGUGAAAAGGCAAGUGGAAGUAGUGAGUGAGAAAGAAGCCAACCUUGAGAACCACAACCAGGACGUUGCAUUACAACAGGUUCCUGAUGGAGAGGCUGAGAUUGCAAAAGAAGUAGACCCUAAACAGACUGAUACAAGUCUACUUCAAAAAGGUGAAGAGGAAGAACUUUCAUUUGGAUUGUGUGACGCAGAAGCACUGGCCAACACAAUCAGCAGUGUUGAAGAUGUUCUUGAAACUGAAAAAACUAACGAGCCCCAACUCAUCUUCAUCACUGAACCACCACCGCCUUCAGAAGAUCCUGUGAAGCAAACCAGUGUUGAAGAUGGCACUUUCAGUGAACCAUGUUUAAAGAAGGCUGUGGACUUCAUUGGGGACCCACAGAACCAAGAAGGACAAAUUAAUGGUCACAUUGAAAGUCAGAAUGAGAGAGAUAACUCUGAGGAGGUUGAAAUGGAAACUGAAUGUCAGAAAACAGAUUCUCCUUCAGAGGAGAUGAGAGGGGAGUCAAGAGAGGAGUCAGAGAUUUUAAAAGAAAGAGGUGAAGGGGUUGUAGAAACACAAGACAAAGAAAGUGAAGGAGUUCUAAGAGAAUACAUAGAUCCCCAAGAAAGAGACUCAGAGACUUGUGAUGCUUUAGCAAACACACAUCCAGCCAACCAAGACAGAGCCCCAGAAAGAAGUCUGGACCCCAAAACAGGCAUAAAUAUUCCUCUGAUCUGUAUUUCCAAUGAGCUAGAAGAGCAGGGGAAAGAGGGAACGUGUGACCCAGAAAGACAAGACCACUCCAGGGAUGAUGAGGUACACCAGGCAGAGGCAACUGAAAGUAAGGGAACUGUUACAGAUGUUGACAUCCCUCCAAAUCCAGAGGAAGUGAGCUGUGACUCCAGUGACAACAAUGAGAAAAACCCUGUUGAAGUUCCUUCAUGUCAGGCAUCACAAAAUGUUACUGCAACAACUUCAGAACAAAUAAGAGACAUAGAAAUUGGACAUUUGGCUGGUAUAGAUGAAGAUAACACCACCAGAUCAUCAAAUGCAGACAUAUGUGGGCCAGACACAAAAGAGAGCAUGGAAAGAAGUGAAGCUCAACAGGAAUGUGAGUCUCCUCUGCAGGACACUGAGACUGGAAACAAUGAGAAGGACUUGAUAGCUCAGACUUCUUCCACAGAUGCUAAAUUUCAACCUGUGGGUACUGAGCAGGAAAUGGAAUUAACUUAUCAACUGGACGGACACCAGGACAACCCGGGUUACACCUUUUCUGACAUUGAGACUGCUACCAGACAGCAGAACACUUCAGACCAAGUCAGCUCCGAACACAAUGAUGCAACAGGGAUUCCAGGUGUUGUGUCCAGAGAUAUAGACCUGUUCUAUACAGACUUUGAUCGAAAUUCUCCCACUGAUGAUCUAGUUGGUGAUCCAGUCGAACCCAUGGAUCUGUUCUAUCCUGACAAAGAGGAGCCCAUGUUUACAGAACAACCUGAUACUGAAAUGCAGAGCUGGCCAUCUGUUUUAAGUGUAUCCGCUCUUCAGCCAGCGCCAGCUUCAGAGAGUCUGCCAGAUGAUCAGUCACUUGACCUGCUGGGUGAAGACGUCAGGAACGGAGUGGAUUUAAUACAGAAUGAAAAGGUGAUCACUAAGACCAGCCUGGAUACUGACAAAGCAUCUGAAUCCCAGAAACACUGUUUGUUGCCUGAGGAGAAGAUUGGAGGACCCUUGAGUGGAGCUGUUCCAGCAGAUGGCAGUGAUCUCAGUGAGACUGAGCGACAGGGCUCAGGCUCUGCCAGAGAAAAUACAGAGCCCACGAGGAUUGACACUAAAAGUUCCAGUGGACAAGAUGAAAGCCAGAUCCCUCUAGUUCUCCGGCACAGAAAGGGGCUUUGCUUCACCGAGUCCCCGGUCAUUCAGACUGCAGUGACCAGAAAAGCUGACAACAGGGACUCAGAUUUUUGGUGGAGUGACAGCUCGGAGCUGUAUCUGCUGUUGCUGCUGUGGCUGCUGCUCUACUGUUUCUGGCUGCUGCCGCAGAUGGACCUGAAGACACUGCCCAGCCUGCUGCUGAAUCUUGACCACUGAAUAUCACACAUACACACACAUACACACACACACACACACACACAUACACACAUACAUACAUAGUUAGAGGAGAAUAUUCAAACAUAUAAACUUUAAUGCACCAUCACUGAAACACACACGCAGCUCAACUGCCACUCCUCUGUCCUGUUCACCACACUGACUGUCCUCUUAAUGAAGUGAAGGCAUUUUAACCAUGUAUUUCAAACUACUACAGCUUUUUUUAGGUUCAUGCUUUUUAGCUUUUGAUGUGGCUUGAAGUAACCUUUAUGAUAAUGUACACGGAGCACUGCUGGGGACAAAAGAAGUCUGAGGUUUUCAGAAAAAUGUUUCAAUAUUAAGAGAAACGGUCAUGAUACUAUGAAAAUGAAGUCUUAGUAUUAGUUGAAGCAGCAGUUUUACAGGAAAAAGUCAGAAUGUUUUAUGAGGCAAAAGAUGUUAAUUUAAUGAAAGACCACAGUUGUAAUGUUUUGUGAGAAAAAAAAUGUGAGGAAAAUCUGCUCGUAGUUCAAAGAAAACAUUUUCCAAAGAAGAGGUUAAGAGUCAUAAUAUUUCAAGAAUAUUAAAAUAUAACGGAUAAAUCAUUCAAAUUGCAAAUCAUUUUUAAUAGGCAAAAGCCAUGAAAAUGACUUUUUAGAAAAGACCAAUAUAAUAUAAGAAAUAUUAUGACCAUUUAUUUCUUAAUAUUAAGACCUUCUUCUGGUAAGUUGUGACUUUAUUCUCCAGAUGUUGACUUCAAAAUCUGAUGUUUUUGUGUAAGAAACUUUUUCUCAAAAUGAGCACUUUGUCUCAUCCUUGCCACGUUUCUCCGAAUAUUCCUACAUUAUCUCUGAACUGUGGUUCUGAUAUUGUG